AUGAAGUUGGCAAGUUGCAAGAAUACGCUGAUGUCGAUAAUGUGGUUGAAUUCCAUCCUCCUCAAGGAGUUUCCUAACGUCGCCGAGAAACACCACCAAACCCCGGAAGCAAUACGCCAUAAUUAUCAACUUAAUCAAGAUCACUCUCUGCCAAAUCAUCCAUCGCAUAGCACAUGUACUGCCGGGAAAGCACUUGGUAAGACUUACGGCGUUGCGAAGAAUGCCCAAUUAGUCAUUGUGCAAAUGGCAAGGAUCUCUCUUGGAGAAAUCAUAGCUGCCUUCGGUUUAAUUGAAGAUGAGCUGUUGAUAGCUACUGAACGCCGUGGGAGAAGUGUCAUCAAUAUGUCACUUGGGGGCCCGACCAAUGGCAAAGACAAUCGAGGAGAAGAACUCAGGGAUUUGGUGGCCACCAUGAUCAAUCUGGAUGUUCCAGUAAUUGUGGCUGCUGGCAAUUAUGCCCCAGGACUCCGUGUAGUUGAUCAUAUCCCAGGGGUCUGGGCAGCUCCCGAUUUCCCCAUACUUGCGAUCGGUUCGACCAACAAAAACGGCAAACUCACCAAAUGGUCGCAAGGCGGCGAGCAGGUUUUUCUCCACGCCGUUGGCGAAGAGAUCAGUUGCUUGGAUAUGACCGGUGGGAUCAAGGUCUCUAGAGGAACAUCCUAUACCGCUCCGCAAGUAGCAGGUGAAGUGGCCAGUUUCCUGUCAUACGACCCGGUUCCUUUCAACACUGAUGAGCAUCAAGUGGUCAAAACCCUCUGGGAUUAUUUACACUCCAACGCAGGGAGCUGGUAG